AAUAAAGACAUUCAUUUUCACACUGAAUGAAUCUCUGUUUUCAUCAUUAUAAUAAACGUAAAAAUUUGAAACAUUAAGAAUUGAUCUAAUCAUAGAAUAUUCUGUGCGAGGAAGAUCAUGUCGAUUACAAAGAUCGCUCGAUCAAGAUGACGUCGAAUAAGCAAACGGCAUCUUCCUGGCUAUUACGAUCGUGUAAAAGAAGCCGGUUUAAAAUAGAAUUGUUAUAUUUUAUAUUUGCAUAUUUGUUACCGCAUUGCUUGGCCAGAAAUAAUCCUCCUAGAUUCCUCAUAGAUGGACAAACAGAAAUCGUUCUCAGAUUGAAGGAAGGGCCUGAAACGCCAAUUGGCAGUUUAAUUUACAGACUGAAAGGCAUCGACACAGACGGUGAUAUUCUAACUUUUAGCGUUCGAGAUCAGCCUGGUAGUGAUGUGAUUCGAGUCGAAAAUUUUGGUCUAACUGAAGCUAAUAUUUAUUUAAAUAAAGUAUUGGAUAGAGAGGCAAAAGACGAGUAUGCCCUCGUGUUAACGCUGACAGAUGGAAGAUUGGGAGAAGGAAAUUUUAUCACGCAAAGUCUACUACUUCUGGUUGAGGAUAUAAACGAUAAUAUACCAGUUUUUCGCCCGCAUCCAACCUCAUUAACACUUCGGGAGGAUGCACGUCCAAGUGUUUUAACAACAGUGGAAGCUACUGAUGCCGAUUUAGGUGCUCAUGGUCAAGUAGUAUAUUAUCUUCAAGAAUUGGAUGGCGAUAACAACGUUUUCAGCAUAUCGACUAUUAAUGGCAAAGGUGUUAUACGCUUGGUGGGUUCUCUGGAUUAUGAACGAAAGUAUCUAUAUCAACUGCGAAUCUUGGCUAUUGACCGCGCCAUAAAUGAAAAGGUAAAUACAGGAACGACCGCGAUUUUGAUCAAGGUACAGGAUGUGGAAGAUCAGCCACCGGAAUUCAUAGCCAUGACGCCUGUCGCAAGAAUCAGUGAAAACGUUAAGAUUGGUACAUCUGUUUUACAAGUUCGUGCGGUGGACGGUGAUAAAGGAAUAAAUAACAAAGUAACGUAUAGUAUCACAAAGGGACCGAGAUAUUUGUUUGAGAUUGAUGCAGCUUCCGGUCUCGUGUUCACCAGAGCACAAUUGGACAGAGAAGCCGAAGAAAAUAGCGAUGGCACUUUUAUCUUAGAAAUUACAGUAAAAGAAAUGUCAAAAAUUAAUCCGCCGCCUUCGGUUAGUACCGAGGUGACCAUUAUUCUUACUGAUGUAAAUGAUGAAACGCCAACAUUUCGAAGUAUGGUAUAUCAUGCUGAAAUAAACGAGAACGCGCCACAAAAUACGCCCGUCAAUUUUAUUGGCGAUGCUGUACCAGAAGUUUUCGAUCAUGACUUGGGUUCUAAUGGUACGUUUCGAAUAUUUAUCGAAGGCGAUGGUGGAAUAUUUGAUAUAACACCUUUUCGUGGGAUUAAUGAAGCACCGUUUUUGAUACGCGUUAAAAAUUCGAGUAAACUCGAUUUUGAAAAGAUAUCAGUGGUAAACUUCACACUCGUCGCAAAAGAAAUCUCGCCGAUUUUGCCAAAAUACAGCGCAGUACCAGUUACUGUUUUUAUCAAGGAUCAAAAUGACAAUUAUCCCGAAUUUACGGAAAAUGUCUAUGAGGUCUCAAUCCCGGAAAACUGUGCCAAAGGAACUACCGUGGCUUGGGUACAGGCUUUGGAUGAAGACAGCGGUAACUUUGGAACAAAUGGAAUACGAUAUACAUCUUUAGGCGGUAGCAUUGCACAUGUAUUGGCAAUGGAUCCUCUCACCGGCGUGAUAACGGUCAAAUAUCCCGGACCUAGUUUUGAUCGCGAAUUAGUAGCUCGACAUUAUCUCACAGUCGAAGCACGAGAUGAUCUUGGAAAAGGGAAUCGCAAUGCUGCGCAAUUGAUAGUCAAUGUUAAAGAUGUUAAUGACAAUGCGCCUAUAUUUCUGCAAAAUAAAUACGAAGCUAUAUUGUUGGAAAACAAGGAUCAGUUUGAAUCACCUCUGAUUGUCGAAGCAUCUGACAACGAUUUAAAUGGUACACGAAACAGUGAGAUAUCUUACGCAUUAGUAUCGAGUGAAUUCUCUCGAAAUUUUACAAUCGAUCCAAAACUUGGCCUUGUGACACCCAUCCGUCCUUUGGAUUACGAAGCUUUGCCUACCAAUCAAGGAUAUAAAGAAAAUAUUAUACGUCAAUUAAAAUUGACGGUCAGAGCCAGAGAUGCAGGUACACCGAGUCUAACUUCCGAUGUGCCCUUGAUUAUUUAUUUGAAAGACAUUAAUGAUAAUGCGCCAGUUUUCGAAAGAAGUUUAUACAGAAGAAGUAUAGCUGAAGAUUUACCGGGUGGCACGAGUGUUAUACAAGUAAAAGCUUCGGACAAAGAUUUAUCGUCGCCUAAUAAUAAAUUAGUUUAUCGGAUUCAAAGUGGUGCCGAAGACAAAUUUGUUAUUGGUUCUGAAACAGGCGUAAUUAGAGUGGCACCGGGCUCGAAUCUAGAUCCAGAUCUGACGUCACCGAAAACAACGAUGUACAAAUUGAAUGUUAUUGCAAUUGACAGUGGUACCGAAAUUCAACGAACGGCCGAGGUUCUUGUUAACAUUACGAUUUUAGAUGUUAACAAUAAACCGCCCGUCUUUAUUGAUCCUGGAACUGUCACUAUCAGAGAAAACACUCAGGUCGGUGCGUACGUUCAUCGCAUAAUGGCGCAAGAUCCGGAUGUAGCUCCUAUUUUACGUUAUCGCGUGGAUCCUAACUCAUCAGAGGCACGUAACGAGGAAGGCACUUUAAUCAAGAUACAGGAAUAUGACUAUUUAGCAGCGUUGGAAUUAAAUCCGUUCGAUGGCCUGUUACGUAUAGUAAAGUUGUUGGAUAGAGAAAGGGUAGAAACUAUUAGACUGGGACUUGUGGUUGAGGAUUUGGCCGCAGUAAGAAGCUUGCAAACUGCAUCCGCUAUACUAAAUAUAAUUAUCGAGGAUGAGAACGACAACAAUCCUAAAUUCCGAAGGCCUUUUUAUAGACGCUCUGUUACUGAGAAUAGUAAAAAUGGUAUUAAUAUCGCAAAUAUCGUCGCGGAUGACGCUGAUAAAAAUCGCAGCAUUACCUAUUCUCUGCAAGGACCGAAAGAGAUCAUUGAUCUCGUGCAUUUAGAUCCUGAAACCGGAGAGAUGGUCGUUGCUAGCAAAAUUGAUAGAGAAAUGUAUUCAUGGCUAAAUUUAACAGUUAGAGCAACGGAUUCUGGAAUUCCACCUCGGUCAAGCUUAUCAGAAGUAUAUGUUCAAGUGCUAGAUGAAAACGACAAUAAUCCAUAUUUCGUUUCGAACAUCAGUAGUGUUAGUGUCAUGGAAAAUUCAAAAAUUGGCACGGAAAUUACUGUUAUACAAGCCACAGAUUCCGAUAGCGGAGAUUAUGGAAAAAUUACUUAUCUUUUAGACAGAAUGUCAUCCCAGGGAACUUUCGCUAUUCAUCCAGAAACCGGUUCGUUGACAGUGGCUGAUGUUCUUGACUGGGAGACUAAACAUAGUUAUGUUCUGGUUAUUGAAGCUUGGGAUAAUUAUCAAUUUGGUUACACUGCGGGGGAAUCUCGAAACGCGUUCAAACAAAUUCAAGUUACAGUCAUCGAUGUAAAUGACAAUGCUCCGAAGAUGGAUGUACCACAAGGUUGCGUCUCAAUAUCAGAGUUUCAUGACGUACGUGAUUUAGUUUAUGUCAUAAAAGCAAAGGAUGCUGAUGAUCCGACAACGCCAAAUGGACGCGUCAUAAUUAGAAUUACUUCUGGCAAUGAACAAGGUUUAUUCAUAUUGGAACAAACUGACUAUUGGACGGCAAAGAUAAAAGCUGCGCGACCAUUGAGAGGAAAAUUUGGAAAUUACACAUUAAAUAUCGAAGCACGUGAUCUGGGAACACCGUCCAAUAAGGAUAAUGAAAUUUUGGAAAUCUGCGUCACGGAUUACAACGAUAAUCCUCCUUUAUUCGUCAGUCCUCAACACAAUACCACUAUCCGAGUUCCAGAGAACAUAACAGUAGGAAGUUCGAUUAUUCAAAUUGAAGCAAAAGAUGCUGAUACAGGAUUAAAUGGUGAUGUACAUUAUCGUUUAAAGCAAGAUCUUGCUGGACAUUGGAGAACCUUUCACAUUGACGAAAAAAGUGGUAUAAUAUUUUUAAAGGCACCACUUGACAGAGAAACUCAAAAAUUGUAUGAGAUACGAGUCGAAGCAUACGAUUUGGGUACUCCAACGCCUUUAAGCUCAGAUCUCGAUUUAAUUAUUUAUGUGCGUAAUAUCAAUGAUUUUGAGCCACAAUUUUUAGUCAACACUUUUCAUAUAAAUUUUACGGAAGAACAACCUCCUGGAUCGGAGAUGGUGUUACUUCCAGAAACGAUUGAUAGAGACGAAGUUGAUGAUUUGGACGAUCCACCUACGCAAGUUUGUUAUUUCAUAGUUUAUGGGAAUGAAGACGGACUGUUUGUUUUAGACAUCUACAAGCACGAACUUGGUACUGCCAAGAUGCUGGACAGAGAACAGCAAGAAGAACACUUAUUACUUGUUAAAGCAACAGAAGAUUGCGAAACUGUUCCAGAUAACGAAAUAACGUUCGACGAAGCUAAUGAUACCUUAUUAAAAAUCGUCAUAAAAGUUGAUGAUAUCAAUGACAAUGCACCGCAAUUUAUUAAUAAAGUUUUCACGGGUGGUGUCACAACUGAUGCUGAUUUUGGCACACAAUUUAUGCACGUAAAGGCAAUUGAUUUGGACGCUGGUGACAAUGCUGUACUUAAUUAUUAUCAAAUAGGAAAAAUUCACAUGACAUUAACUGAAGGUUUUGAAGAUAUGCAAUUACAACCUUUUCUUGUAAAUAAAGAUACUGGAGCAAUAAGCCUGAAUUUCGAUCCUCAACGUGGAAUGAAGGGUUAUUUUGAUUUUAUGAUACUCGUUAACGAUACCUAUGGCUUACAAGAUACUGCGAGAGUCUUCAUUUAUUUAUUACGGGAGGAUCAACGAGUUCGUUUUGUUCUUCGUCAACAUCCGCCAGAAGUUAGAAGUCGAAUUGAGACAUUUAGAGAAAUUCUAGGUAAUGUUACUAGCGCUAUUAUUAAUGUUGACGAAUUUAAAGUGCAUGAAAAUCAAGACGGUUCUGUAGAUAGAACUAAAACGGAUUUAUACUUGCACCUCGUGAAUCGUCGAGACAAUUCGAUCCUCGAGGUAUCCGAGGUUCUCGAGUUGGUCGACAGAAAUAUUGAGAAACUUGACAAUUUAUUCAAGGAGUUCAAUGUCCUCGACACGCAGCCGGCAAAGUCUCAACCGAUCGUUCAGUAUGAACAAGCAGGAACAACUUUCUGGCUUCUCACAUUGACCCUGUUCCUAGGAGCUUUAUUGAUUCUAUGUGUCGCUCUAUGUUUGUCUCAAAGAGCGUCUUUUCAAAGGCAAUUGAAAGCAGCGAACGCAUCACCGUUCGGUGCGUCGGACUCGGAAUUUAUGCGAAGUCCUGGUCGUGUUCCGAAUACGAAUAAACACAGUGUAGAGGGCUCAAAUCCCAUAUGGAUGCACGCUUAUGAAAACGAGUGGUUCAAAAACGACGAAUCAUUCAGCCAUACAUCCGAAAGAGAUUCUCUCGACGAGAACGCGCUUAAUAACGAAGAGAUGAUGAAUGAAGCUAAUACAAACCAAAGAGCUGAAGACAAACCAUAUUAUAUAGAGCCAAGAGUUUCAACUAUUUCUAGUGCUGAAAGUAUCGACAUCCAAAAUGAUUUUAGCAGAAAUUCAUCGAUUUACGCAGGACACAAUGUAAUUGUGAAUCCUUUGGGGAAAAAAAUCGAAACAACCGAAUUGUAGGACAUCGAUUAAUUUGAUUAAGAUA